AUGAAGACUCUCGCAACGGCCCUCCUUUUCGCCGCAUCGGCAGCGGCUCAGGCUGGCCCCUGGGCCCAGUGCGGCGGCCAGGGACACACAGGUGCAACGACCUGCGUCUCGGGACAUUACUGCAGCGUCAUCAACGCUUGGUAUUCGCAGUGUCUGCCCGGCACGGCUCCCGGCGGCCCCCCUCCUCCGCCACCCACCACUCCCGUCCCUCCUCCACCCCCUGUGACGACUGCCAGCCCUCCGACUACUACCCCUCCCACCGCGCCGCCGCCGCCGGUGACACCCGGCACAUGCCCUGCUCUGCCCAGCGGCCUCGGUCCCGCAAACGCAAACCUGCCCAACCCGUUCGUCUUCCAGAACGGCGCCGCUGUCACGACCAAGGCCGAUUGGGCAUGCCGCCAGCGCGAGAUCAGCGCCCAGAUUCAGACGUAUGAGCUGGGAACCCUUCCCGGGAAGCCGCAGUCCGUCACGGGAUCCUACUCGGGCAAUCGUCUGACGAUCAACGUCUCGGACCAGGGCCGGUCCAUCUCUUUCGCCGUGACCAUCAACAAGCCCAGCGGCACGAACGUGCCGGCCAUCAUAGCGUAUGGUGCCGCCAGCAUCCCGGUCCCCGCGGGCGUCGCCACCAUCACCUACAACAACGACGAGGUCGCCCAGCAGCAGGGCGGCUCCUCGCGCGGGCGCGGCAAGUUCUACGACCUGAGUCGGCCGCCGGCUGGCUCGGCCUGCUGGUGCAUCGCCGAAUGGCAGAAGCAGAACGGCCAGAACGUGCAGCCGGCGUUGCAGAUUGUCGGGGAGAACGUCUGGCUCGGCCCGGCCUUCAACACGUACACGAGCAACGUGCGCGCGCUGCCUUUUGACCAUCACAUGCUCGCCGGUCUCGUCGCGCCUCGCGCGCUGUACGUCAUGGAGAACUCGGACAUGGAGUGGCUCGGCUGGACUGCGACGUACGGCUGCAUGGGCGCUGCGAGGAAGCAGUGGGAGGCUCUCGGUGCCCUGGACAACUUUGGCUACAGCCAGGUCGGCGGCAAUUCGCACUGCUCGUUCCCAGCGGCCAAGCAGGGGAGCGAACUGACAGCGUUCAUCAACAAGUUCCUGCUGCAGUCGGGCGGUGGCACGACGAGUAUCUUCCGGACGGAGAAGAACCAUGGCAGCUUCAACUUGAACACGUGGGCUUCGUGGAGCGUGCCCACUCUGACGUGA